AGUUACUCCAAAGAAAAGAGGCAUUGGAUGAAGAGAAUAUUGGACAAGGACCCAAUAUGCAUGUGGAAACUGCGUGUAUUGGCUUGAUGUUAUUGAGAAGUACCUUCUUGGUGGCAUUCCAUUCCAGCAGGAGCAUCCUGAUGGUUUAAUUCAUCUUUCAUUGUCAUUCUUGACAGUAUUCAUCAUGAAACGGAGGCAUAUUGCUGCAGCUCAGGAUACACCCAGUGUCCCAUAAGGAUGGAAGAAAAGUAUUGAAAGCAGAAUGGGACCAGCUUAAACCAAGAGAAACUGAAAGUAGGAGAAUUUCUUUUGCCGAAUGAAAAAGCAAUUGUCAGCAAUUUGCAGAAUGAAAAGGACAAUGUAUGUCACAUCAUAACCAAACACCUGCAUUCUGGAAUGGCUGGGGUGGUUUAAAGGAUACAUCCAUCUACUUUUGGAUAGGUUUCAUAGUCCUGUUUCAUAGUCAACCAGAACAAUGUUCUACGCACAUUUUGUUCUCAGUAAAAGAGGGCCUCUGGCCAAAAUUUGGCUAGCGGCCCAUUGGGAUAAGAAGCUAACCAAAGCCCAUGUGUUCGAGUGUAAUUUAGAGAGCAGUGUGGAGAGUAUCAUCUCACCUAAGGUGAAGAUGGCACUCCGAACAUCAGGACAUCUCUUACUGGGAGUAGUACGAAUCUAUCACAGAAAAGCCAAGUAUCUCCUGGCAGAUUGUAAUGAAGCCUUCAUUAAGAUAAAGAUGGCUUUUCGGCCAGGUGUUGUUGACCUACCUGAGGAAAAUCGAGAAGCUGCUUACAAUGCUAUUACUUUACCUGAAGAAUUUCAUGAUUUUGAUCAGCCACUGCCUGACUUAGAUGACAUCGAUGUGGCCCAGCAGUUCAGCCUGAACCAGAGUAGAGUGGAAGAGAUAACCAUGAGAGAAGAAGUUGGAAACAUCAGUAUCCUACAAGAAAAUGAUUUUGGUGACUUUGGAAUGGAUGAUCGUGAAAUAAUGAGAGAAGGCAGUGCAUUUGAGGAUGAUGACAUGCUAGUAAGCACUAGUGCUUCUAACCUCCUGUUGGAGCCUGAACAGAGCACCAGCAAUCUGAAUGAGAAAAUUAACCAUUUAGAGUAUGAAGACCAGUAUAAGGAUGACAAUUUUGGAGAAGGAAAUGACGGUGGUAUAUUAGAUGACAAACUUAUUAGUAAUAAUGAUGGCGGUAUCUUUGACGAUCCCCCUGCACUGUCUGAGGCAGGGGUGAUGUUGCCAGAACAGCCUGCACAUGAUGAUAUGGAUGAGGAUGAUAAUGUAUCAAUGGGUGGUCCUGAUAGUCCUGAUUCAGUGGAUCCUGUUGAACCAAUGCCAACUAUGACUGAUCAAACAACACUUGUUCCAAAUGAGGAAGAAGCCUUUGCUUUGGAACCUAUUGAUAUCACUGUCAAAGAAACAAAAGCCAAGAGGAAGAGGAAGCUAAUUGUUGACAGUGUCAAAGAGCUGGAUAGCAAGACAAUUAGAGCCCAACUUAGUGAUUACUCGGAUAUUGUUACUACGUUGGAUCUGGCACCACCCACCAAGAAAUUGAUGAUGUGGAAAGAGACCGGGGGAGUGGAAAAACUCUUCUCUUUGCCUGCUCAGCCUUUGUGGAAUAACAGACUACUGAAGCUCUUUACACGCUGUCUUACACCACUAGUACCAGAAGAUCUUAGAAAAAGGAGGAAAGGAGGAGAGGCUGAUAAUUUGGAUGAAUUCCUCAAAGAAUUUGAAAAUCCAGAGGUUCCCAGAGAGGACCAGCAGCAGCAGCAUCAGCAGCGUGAUGUUAUAGAUGAGCCCAUUUUGGAAGAGCCAAGCCGCCUCCAGGAGUCAACAAUGGAGACGAGCAGAACAAACCUGGACGAGUCAGCCAUGCCCCCACCACCACCUCAGGGAGUUAAGCGAAAAGCUGGACAAAUUGACCCAGAGCCUGUGAUCCCUCCUCAGCAGGCAGAGCAGAUGGAAAUACCUCCUGUAGAGCUGCCCCCAGAAGAGCCUCCAAAUAUCUGUCAGUUAAUUCCAGAAUUAGAACUUCUACCAGAAAAAGAGAAGGAAAAAGAGAAGGAAAAGGAAGAUGAUGAAGAGGAGGAGGAUGAAGAUGCUUCAGGGGGUGAUCAGGAUCAAGAAGAAAGACGAUGGAACAAAAGGACUCAGCAGAUGCUUCAUGGUCUUCAGCGAGCUCUUGCUAAAACUGGAGCGGAAUCUAUCAGUUUGCUUGAGUUGUGUCGAAACACAAACAGAAAGCAAGCUGCAGCAAAGUUCUACAGCUUCUUGGUUCUCAAAAAGCAGCAAGCCAUUGAGCUGACACAGGAGGAACCCUACAGCGACAUCAUCGCAACCCCUGGACCAAGGUUCCACAUUAUUUGAGCAGCUACAAGCAUCAUAGCUAGUGUCUGUUUCACUAGUGUGUACAAAUUGCCCCCGUGUGUAGGGCACACAAAACCCUUCAAGAAAUUUAGGUCUUUGUACAAAGUCUCUGCCUUUUUCUUCAUUCUUUCCAGUAUUUUAAAUUUACCAGUUUCAUCUUGUAUGGUGGUUGUGUUCUGAUGGAGAACAAGAACCCAGAAGAUUAUUUUUUAACAGGCCAGAACAGAUGUGUACAACAUUGGCACGUGUACUAGUGUUGAGUAGCAGUGGAACGUCGGGGUUUUUAUACUGGGUCUCCAUUACUGCAUUGGAAAGAAGAACUUUUCAAGAAAAAUGCCUGACAGACAGUUAAGAACUGUGGUGUCUUUUCCCAUCAGUAACACCGGCAGUCUUCUUGUAAUCUUUGUGCUUUAGGGAUGGCACCCAGAACAGAGAUUGUCCUCUUGAGAUAAUGUUUUAAAGCGUAAUUCCACAGUGACCGGGGGGGGGGGGUUUGAAACUAUAUCGUAACUAAUCCCCUUCAGCUACAAAAAGACAGGACUUGGUUUAAGUGCCCUAUUUUGGAAAUCAUUCCAUUUGAAACUUUUUAAUGAACCUUACUAUCCUAAAAUCUGUUGUUUUAGUGAGGCUCUAAAAUGAGCAGAAAUAGACUUUUUAGAGUAGAAUGAAUAUUAAAGAGCAUUUAUAACUUUCCAGGAACUACAAAUCAAAGUUUUAAAAAGAUGUUUGGAGACACUUGAGUAUUCAGAUCAUGAAAAUAGAAAUUGCUAUGCCAGCUGAAAGGACAGGCUGAUGGGAAAUCAUACAACUGGUUGACUUAACCUUGAAGCAGACAGUGCUGUAAAAACUAAUGGCUUUGAUAUUUAUUAUAAGUUUUAGUACUGAUCUUUUUGCCAGUGCUUGCACACUCCUAUAUUUGGGACUUUAAUAGCUUUGCAACAAAUCCAAUAUCUGGUUUCCUAUAAUUUAAGUAAGGAAAAACACAUCCAAAUAAAGGCUUUAUUAUUAACAGACCAGACAGGUAGCACCAGAAAUUAUGUGACUGUUAUGAUUAUCAAAACAUGUCUUAACUUUUUAGGGCAAAAUUACACUGAAAGUUCUAGCUUAAGUGGUAGCACUUUUGUGGGAAAAAAAAUCACUCAGACUUCAGUGUGUACCCAAUAAUUUUAAAUUAUGUGCAACGUUUUAAAUUUGUGAACUCGUAAUUACUGUUUUGAUGAUUCAGUUUCUUGAGAAUGGUAAGUGUAUCAAAUUGCUAUUGCCGCUUUAUUUUCAAUAUGAUGUGCCUGUAAACCAUGGAUUUUUCUCCCUUUGUAAAAAGACAUUGUAGAUAAUUAAAUGUUUGAUUAUAGAAAAGUCAUUAGUUUCUUGUUACACAUUUUGUUAGUCUGGUUUUUGUUGCUUAUUGGGUUUUAAUAUUGUUCUUGAAAAUAGUUGAUGCUAUGUUAUGUAUAACUUUUCUAAUAAAAGUUGUGUUAUAUGCUAUAAA